UAGAGGAGAUGAGUGAAGAAACUCCUCCUACAGAAGAAACACCAAUGGGCCCCAUUGUUCCAGUGAAAAGCCUGGCUGACGUGCAAGCCUUCACCCGCUGUCCAUCCUGUGACCAGAUCGUCUUUACAAAAAUCCGCAGGAUAGUGGGCGAGACAAUAUGGAUGAUCUGUUGCCUGUGUUCCAUUUUGGGGUGUGUAGCAGGCUGCUGUUUGACCCCUUUCUGCAUGAACGACUUAAAGGACAUCGAGCACCGGUGUCCUAAGUGUGGGGCUCACCUACACACCUUCAAGCAUUACUGACAUGGACACCGUUGAGGAAAUGCCACAAACAUCUUCCCCAAGGAGUUGAUUUAGACUCUAGAGCCGAUCAGUGAAAAUGAGCCUGGAGUCGACUCGGCGCUGCUGGAAUCUUCACUGAGGCUCCGAUGAAACAUAUCUCUGCUCGACGGCCCCGGUUCUGUGACGAGACUUCUGUGACGUGGAUAGUGAAUAUCCACGGAACAUGGGAUUCAAGCUGGAAACAGAACUUAGGGAGUGUGUCAGAGACGAGUGCUGGUGUGCGCACAAAGUAGCUCUUAGGACAAGGGAAUAUAUAUUUAUAGGCACAAACCAUUUUUAUGUAAAGUGGGAACAGAACUAGUGAAGAGAUGCAAACGCAGGCAAAUCACCUGACCACAAAAGAACUGUUUACGUUCAGCGAGGAACACAAGACAAGGGAGGUGGCCCUGUCCAGCUCUUUUGGAAACUGCAACAUACUUGUAUUAUUAUGUUGUAUGAUAAU